AUGCCAGACCCAAGCUCUUCCCCCAAGCGGCGCAUCCUCCUAUGCUCGACUGUCAACGGCUUCACCCACGCCGCCCCAAUCCUCGAGCUCGGCGGUGUACUCGCAGCCCGCGGCCACGAAGUCCACUUCGGAACCAACUCCGGCCAGGAGCACUGGGAGUCAGACUAUCCAUCCAUCACACGCUUCCAUAGCUUCGGUCCAGCCAUGCCAAACGUCGACGCCGAAGCGCCCUACGCGCGCAUGAUCCAGUGGCGGCCCAGCCACGGCGUUGGGUCAUGGAAUCCAACGGCCAAGGAUACGAUGAUCGAGUUUGGCGUCCCCAUUGCCGUCAUGUGGCCGCAGAUGCCGUAUCUCUUGGCGCCUGUGAGCUAUAUCCCCGCCCAGCCGGGCUUUUCACGCCCACGUCGGAGAAGGCUUCAAUUUGGUCGCGUGUCAGGAACGAGAUGGUCUUGUUCUGGGCGCUGCCGCACAUUUUUCAUUCGGUUCCGAUGGCUCCUGAACCGAACCAUCUUGUGUUUGUCAACUCGUUCUUUGGACUUGAACCGGACAAAGACUUGCCUCCACUUAUGCAAGUGGUCGGACCGAUCUUGGGGGAUGAGUACUCUCCACUCGAUGAAAGCUACCGCGUUUCUAAAGUCUCAUGAUAAGACGGUGUAUGUCGCUCUAGGCACUCAUAUCGCACUUCCGGAAGCAGAUCUAAUGAAGCUGCUCAACGCUCUUGUCAUGGCUAUAGAUGCUGGGUAUAUCAGCGGCGUCAUCUGGUCUAUCGGGAAGUCAGCGAGGCUAUAUUUUGAUAGAUCAGCACAUGUCGAGCGAACUCAUGGUGGAAGGAUCUUAGUUGGUGAGAUUCUCAAUGAGAAGCACCCCGAUAUUCGACUCUAUCUCACUCAAGGAGGCAGUUCUAGCGCAAAUGAGACCCUAUUCCACGGAACUCGGACUCUGAUUCUGGGCUUCUUCUUCGACCAACUCGCCAACAGCGCCCGACUCGUCGAAGCAGGCGUCGGCCUCGCCCUGGACAAGUUCGACUUCACCACCGCCGAGAUCUCAGAAAAAGUCGGCCGAAUCGUCUCCGACGUUGACGAAUCCUUUGGCAGGAAUGUUGAGCGUAUGAAGAGGAUAGCACGCGUAGCAUCCCGGCGCAAAGAAGUUGCUGCCGGCAUAGUCGAGGAAGUGAUCUUUGAUCACGAGUUGCGCUCGGUAGGCGGAAGAGCGCUGCGACCGAUGCACCUUCAGACGGCAGACAUGCGGAUGCCGGUGUGGAAGGCAAGAAACUGGGACCUGUGGCUCGUCUCCGUCUCUAUAUUGGCGGUCGGGUGUACAACCUACUUCAUAGGCGCAAAGUAUGCUCGGCGACUCGAUUUAGGCAUUUUUAGAUUUGUCUCGGGUAUCCCCGACAUUGCGAUGGGGAUUUCAAACGAACUGAUUGUCGUGCGGCUGGGCAACCCGGAUGUGAAGACUCUCUUGUCAGCAUGCCUUGUCUUCAUACUUGCCUACGGAGCAUCGAAGGUCCUCAAGGCAUCAUGGAAUGGCCUCACAGGCCCAUUGGCCAAAAUACCCGGGCCGUGGCUCAAUAGGUUCACGGCUUUGCCCUGGAUGGUGGCAGUCGUCAGAGGCAAGGCGUUUGAGCAGGGGAUCAACUACAACCGCAAAUAUGGCGACAUUGUUCGAGUCGCCCCCGAUCUGGUUCUCGUCUCCGACGAAAAGUCCGUCAACCAGAUUCUAGUCGGAAUGGAUCUCCGAAAGAGCGUCCUGUAUGAAAAGUUCAGCCAAAAUGAAGACGGCGUGACGCUCUUCACGAUGCGAGAUCGGGCGCAGUACCGCACCCGGCGAAGGCUCUUCUCCCACGGCUUCGCCAUCAGUUACCUCAAGGGCCUUGAGCCGCUGAAGAUGAGUUGCAUCGGGGCGCUCGAGGAGUUUAUCGACAACCAAUGCACCCGGGAUGGAGGCGAGACCGUCAUUGAUGCAUGGAACCUGAUGGGUCGCCUGGCAUCCGACAUCAUGAGCGCUACCGCGUUUGGUGGCUCGUUUGAGUUGGUGAAGAAUGGGGAGCAUCCUAUCCGCAAGAAGUUCUCUGAGAGCUUCAAGAGGGGCACCAUUUAUCAACUCCUGCCUUUCUUGAAGUAUAUCCCCUUCCUACCCAAGUUCCGGGACCCCGAGCUGGCUCAACUCAUCAGUGAUAUCAUUGAAAAGAGACAAGCGUCGACCGAUAAGCUAGCCAAGCCUGACCUGCUACAGUUGCUACUAGACACGCACGAGAGAAACCCAGAGACUCUGUCGCGCAUCGAGGUGUUUUCCGAGAUGCUCGUCUUCUGGUUGGCUGGUAGCGAGACAACAGCCAGCACGCUCACAUUCGCGAUGAUGUUCUUGCUAAACGACCCCCCUUCCUACCAGAGACUUGUCAACGAGAUCCGCGGUAGGUUUCCCUUGUCUAAUUCGCCGGUUUCGGAUGAUCAGACAACGGAUUUGCCGUUCUUGCACGCUGUUCUGAAAGAGACGAUGAGGCUUGCUCCUCCGGCAACUGGCGGACUACAAAGGCAAACUGACGAAGAUGUGAUUCUGUCUGAUCACUUGAUCCCGGCUGGGACUAGAGUGACUGCAAACACCACUGUACUGCACUGGGACGAGAAGCAGUGGCCUGACGCAGAAAAGUUCGUCCCCGAGAGGUGGCUGUCUGACUACAAGGGCAUGGCCGCCAGCGAUAAAACAGCGUAUUACCCCUUUUCUGCGGGAUCACGAAACUGUAUUGGAAAACAAUUCGCGUGGACGGAGUUGCGGCUCACGCUUGUGUCUUUACUUCGGCGGUAUGACCUGUGUCUAAUCCCCAAUCAGUCUCAUGAACUUGUUCAUUUCACGGUCCUUCAUCUGAAAGCGGGAAAGUACAUGAUUGGCAUCAGACCUAGAGCUUAG